AUGGAGCUAACCACACUAACACAGCAACAACUGAUUGCUCGUAUUAAACAGUUGCAAAGUGAUUUUCAAGAUUUUUACAACCAUUCAGCCCAAGUGGAAGAUCUAUUACAACAACAGUUGGAUUCUUCUCAGAAACAAAUAAUUGAAAAGAAUUCACAAAUCAAGGCGCUGGAAUCGCAAUUGGCCAAUAUUGAAUCGUUACAUUCCAAAGUGACUUCUCUAGAAAUUGAAAAUGACGUGCUUGAAUCCACAGUACGAAUACUAACUUCUCAAUUAGAAAUCCAAUCUGAGAAAUACAACGAAUCUCUUGAGAGAGUUGCCUUUCUGGAGAACGAGAUGGAGCUGUUCAAGUCACGGAUUGAGCAGGGGAAGUCGGAUGAGGAAGAGACUUGGACAAUGAGGGAAAAGAAUUGGAUCCAACAGAUCGAGUCACUGAAGAUGCAAAUUGAGCAGCUUACAGCUAACAACAAGCGGAUAGAAAAGGAAUUUUCCACCAAGUUGAAAGAUAUAGUAACGAAGUCAAAACGUGAGAGCUCAGACGUGAAAAGGGAGCUGCUAGUUCUGGAAGAGAAAGUACGACUGUUGAUGACGUCUCUCCAUUAUAGUGAACAGGACAAGGCAGUAUUGGAGGCCAAAUUGAAAAAACUAUCCUCUAGGUACAAAAAAUACCACCAACUCAACAAUCUCAUUCGUCUUAAAAAAAGAGGAAUUACUAAGGCCUUUACUACCCCUGCUCUCAAACCAUUAACAUGA